AGAGCUGUAAACACUGUACUUAGGAUGUUCUGCGUAUAUUACGAACGACGAUAAAGUGAGCAACGUCCUGACUUACGAUCAUAAUUUGAUAUUUAACAUAAAACCUUCGAAAAGAACACACAGGAUGAUUGCAUUAGCGGUAUUUGUUCUCGUCUUGUUGUUUCCAUGUGUUGAAGGGAACUGUAAAGUUGACGAAAUUCUAUUAAAGGAGGAUUUUGAUCCUUACCAAUUCGAGGGUAAGUGGUAUCUAGUAUCGAUGACGAGGUUAUGGGGGAUGGAUUUCUCUCCUCGGAAUUUUAGUGAAUCCACUGGGCGUACCAGCUGGGGAGACAAUGCCAACAAGUUUUUCGGUCGUUGGUCUCGUGGAAAAAAUGGCUCCAACUGGGGAGACUGGAGAAGAAGGGGUGGAAAUGGAACAUCUUUAAGCGACGCUACUCGUAGACCUGGAAGUACGGGAGGUCGCAAUACAAGAGGACCUUGGGGUACGGAGGGAGCCCAGGGUGGUAGAUGGUCAGGCAUGCGUCAGGGUGAAUCGUCCACAGGCACAACCUCGGGCUAUCCCCAGAGAUCAAGCAACGGAGAGGAAUGGUUGAGGAAUGCCAAUGGAACCGACACCCCAACAGACAUACCGAUGAGGCCUCCCGGGGGUAGGGGAAAUCCUCCUCCUAGGGACGGCGUUAAGCAGGGAGGUUGGCCCGAUAGAUCGGGGGGUCCUCCACGCAGGAACACAACGCCACCUGACAGGCGACACAGGGAUUGGUCAAAUCCAAGAUCAGCCAUGUCCAGGCGAUUUAAGAAAGUAUUCAGACCAAAAAACUUCCAGCUUCAGACUGCUGUACGAGAAGACUCGAACAUUGACAUGUUCAUUGUUGGCGAAUUCUUCGGACGAUGCAUAUUCACCAAGGGUCAGGGGUCGAUUACCAAUCCCCGGAACACCGCCAAGUUAGAAGUUAAUUUCCCUGUUCAGUGGUUCCUACCCUGUCAGCCAUUUUGGAUCGUGGAUACCGAUUAUGUAGGGUAUUCUGUUGUUUACUUUUGUCUCGAGGUCCUUGAUGACGGCACGUGCGAUCCAGAUUCUGCCACGGUGUGGACUUUCAACCGGAAAUUAACGGGACAUGGCGAAAAGGAAAUGGAUAAAGUUAGAAAGGCAAUGGAAAGGCUGUGUAUCGACGAGGCUGAUCUGACUGCGAUGAAUCAAACGGAAUAUUGUCCAAUUGAAGAUGAAAACGUCCAAGAUCAGAGGAAUUCGAAACCAACAAUACACUGCAAUAACGCAGAUCAACAAAUGCUUCGUAUCGCUCUAGAUUCCCCAUAUGAUUUUCUGUCUUCCGGUAACACUGCAGCAUCAAUGCGUUCAUUUGCGCCGAAAAGAUUUCCCUCUCUAGGAUUAAUGUUCCUCACACUUCUUACGUGCUUCUUGUUGUUGUGGAAACCAAAAUCAAUCAUGCUGCAAAAAAGGAAUCAGUGAUUGCAUUGUUCUAGAUGUGUAACUUCUUAACGCAUAAUGUAUUAUCAAUAACAAUAUACAAGAAUUUGCUUAAAAUGCUCCUUCAGCCGCUUAAUGCGAGUUUCAAAACUUUCAAAUAAGAUGUAUUGAAGUUUUCUCUUAACAUCUUCGUCCAUAAAAUCUGAAACUUUUUCAAAUAUCGGGCAUCAGCGGGAGGUAGAAAAAUAUCACUAUACGGUCAGCCACGGCAUCCAUGUUUAAUACUGAAAUGUCUUGAUGCCACAUUCUUGCAGAUGUUCGCGGUAAACUUCCUAAAGAAUCACGGUUUUCUGUUAAAGUCAUGUCAGUCGCUGACAAACCGUAGCGACUGUUUAGGUCUUUAGGUAUCUGUUGUAAGUCGCUGACAAACCGUACCGACUGUCUAGGUCUCUAGGUAUCUGUUGUAAGUCGCUGACAAACCGUAGCGACUGUCUAGGUCUCUAGGUCUCUAGGUAUAUGUUGUAAGUCGCUGACAAACCGUAGCGACUGUCUAGGUCUCUAGGUAUCUAGGUAUAUGUUGUAAGUCGCUGACAAACCGUAGCGACUGUCUAGGUCUCUAGGUAUCUGUUGUAAGUCGCUGACAAACCGUAGCGACUGUCUAGGUGUCUAGGUCUCUAGGUAUCUGUUGUAAGUCGCUGACAAACCGUAGCGACUGUCUAGGUGUCUAGGUCUCUAGGUAUCUGUUGUAAGUCGCUGACAAACCGUAGCGACUGUCUAGGUCUCUAGGUAUCUGUUGUAAGUCGCUGACAAACCGUAGCGACUGUCUAGGUGUCUAGGUCUCUAGGUAUCUGUUGUAAGUCGCUGACAAACCGUAGCGACUGUCUAGGUGUCUAGGUCUCUAGGUAUCUGUUGUAAGUCGCUGACAAACCGUAGCGACUGUCUAGGUGUCUAGGUCUCUAGGUAUCUGUUGUAAGUCGCUGACAAACCGUAGCGACUGUCUAGGUCUCUAGGUAUCUGUUGUAAGUCGCUGACAAACCGUAGCGACUGUCUAGGUGUCUAGGUCUCUAGGUAUCUGUUGUAAGUCGCUGACAAACCGUAGCGACUGUCUAGGUCUCUAGGUAUCUGUUGUAAGUCGCUGACAAACCGUAGCGACUGUCUAGGUGUCUAGGUCUCUAGGUAUCUGUUGUAAGUCGCUGACAAACCGUAGCGACUGUCUAGGUCUCUAGGUAUCUGUUGUAAGUCGCUGACAAACCGUAGCGACUGUCUAGGUCUUUAGGUAUCUGUUGUAAGUCGCUUACAAACCGUAGCGACUGUCUAGGUGUCUAGGUCUCUAGGUAUCUGUUGUAAGUCGCUGACAAACCGUAGCGACUGUCUAGGUCUUUAGGUAUCUGUUGUAAGUCGCUUACAAACCGUAGCGACUGUCUAGGUGUCUAGGUCUCUAGGUAUCUGUUGUAAGUCGCUGACAAACCGUAGCGACUGUCUAGGUCUCUAGGUAUCUGUUGUAAGUCGCUGACAGACCGUACCGACUGUCUAGGUCUCUGUUUUAUAUUCUGUUUUAAGUCGAAAGUUUUGUUUGAGGACGGUCACUGUUUAACUGUCUCACCGGAAUCUACUCUGAAGUUUGGUCAAAUGUAUAUGGUGAGUCGACUUUUGGAUAAAAAAUUAAGAUGCUUAACUCAUUACCCAUACACUAAUGUUUUUUUUAGGGCAUAUAUAUUUAUAGAUAUACUGUGGUAAAUCGAAACUUAGGAACCUAUUAAAUACUGUACAAA